CAUCAAACAGCUGAUGCUGCUAAAUUAGCUGCUUUAGCAGCUCGAUGUCAUUAUGUAAAUAAAAAAUGGCUCGCGGGUAUGUUAACUAAUUGGUUUACUACAGAAGCAAGACUUGAAAAAUUCAAAAAUUUAACGAAAAAAAAAAAUACGGGAGGAUUCGAUGGAUUUACGAAAAAAGAAGCAGCAAUACUCAAGAGAGAAUUGAACAAAUUGCAGGAAGAUCUAGGGGGUAUUAGAUACAUGACAAAAUUGCCCGAUAUUGUAAUAAUUCUCGAUCAAAAAGGAGAAUAUACUGCUAUUCGGGAAUGUAGAACUUUGGGUAUUCCAACAAUUUGCUUAGUUGAUACAGAUUGUGACCCAGAUCUCGUGGAUAUCCCAAUCCCAGCCAAUGAUGAUGGUAGAGGACCAAUCCGCCUGAUCCUAAAUAAAUUAAUUUUAGCAAUUCGCGCGGGUAGAGAAUUGUACUAUAAAAAGUGAAUUCAAAAUAAAAAAAGAGAAGCUAUAACUAAGUUGGCUACUAUUCCCAAAUCUUAUAGAAUAGAUUAAGAUAAUCUAUUUUGAUAGAAAUAAAGAAAUCUUCUUAAUCAAUCAAAUAAUCAUUCCAUUAUUUUAUUUCGUAGCCUGACUGAUGAUAGUGUAAAUAAUUGAGGAAUCGGUCAUUGAACCAAAAUCAUUUCUUUUUGAAGUUCAUCUUUCUAUAUAAAGGGUAAUAUGGAUAUUUUACAAUUUCCUAUUAACAUGCUGAAUUAUUUCUACGAGAUAUCCGGUGUGGAAGUAGGUCAGCAUUUUUAUUGGCAAAUAGGGGGGUUUCAAGUUCAUGCACAGGUACUUAUAACUUCCUGGAUUGUAAUUGCUGUCUUAUUAGGUUCAACUACUCUAGCUGUUCGAGACCCACAAAUCAUUCCGAACGGAGCACAAAAUUUUUUGGAAUAUGUUCUCGAAUUUGUUCGGGACUUGGCUAGAACUCAGAUUGGCGAAGAAGAAUAUGGUCCCUGGGUUCCUUUUAUAGGGACUAUGUUUCUAUUUAUUUUUGUUUCUAACUGGGCAGGUGCUCUUUUUCCUUGGGGAAUUAUUAAAUUACCUCAUGGGGAAUUAGCCGCACCUACAAAUGAUAUUAAUACCACAGUAGCUCUAGCUUUGCUCACAUCAGUAGCUUAUUUUUAUGCAGGUUUUACAAAGAGGGGUUUAGGCUAUUUUGGUAAAUAUAUUCAACCAACCCCAAUACUUUUACCAAUUAACAUAUUAGAAGAUUUUACAAAACCUCUAUCACUUAGUUUUCGACUUUUUGGAAAUAUAUUAGCUGACGAAUUAGUAGUUGCCGUUCUUGUUUCCUUAGUACCUAUAGUGGUACCUAUACCUGUAAUGUUCCUAGGAUUAUUUACAAGUGGUAUUCAAGCUCUAAUCUUUGCAACUCUAGCCGCAGCUUAUAUAGGCGAAUCCAUGGAGGGUCAUCAUUAAUUCAAUUAAUUGGACUCAGUCUUUUCUAACUUUUCAUUUCGAUUCUCCCUUGUAUAAUCAUAAAUGAAAAUACUUCAUCUCUAAGAUCUUAGUAGAAAAAUUAAGGAUCGCUAAUCCCGUCGAUAAAAUUCAUAGAUAGAAUAGAUCCUAUUUGUAGAUUCAUAUCUACAUAGUAAAAUGAAUAGGUUUACUAAUGGGAAUUAGUUUAGUAAACUGUGUACCCCGGUGUGGAACAAUGCAUUUUUCGAUUUCGAAGGGAUACAUACAUUUUAUGUACAUAGUUUGUAUUAUGUUAUAUAAUUAUAUAUAUACUAAUAUAUAUAUAUAAUUAUUUAGAAUUAACCAUAAAAAAUGGGCUAUUACGCAGAAUAUUUCAUUUUAUAAAUGAAAAAAAAAUCUGUCUCUAUUUCAUCUAAAAAAGAAUAUAAUGUCAGGGUAGAGAAUUGGUAAUAUCAUAAUUUUGAAUGCCAUUUCGUCGGAGUUUAGUUGUUUCAAAGAAAUUGUUCUCUAGUUGAACGUGAACAAUCAAAUCAAUAGAUAAAACUAUCAUAUUAUCCACACCUAAGAGGAGAUUACCAUGAAUCCUUUGAUUUCUGCUGCUUCCGUUAUUGCUGCUGGAUUAUCCGUAGGCCUUGCUUCUAUUGGACCUGGCAUUGGUCAAGGCACUGCUGCGGGACAAGCUGUUGAAGGUAUUGCGAGACAACCAGAGGCGGAGGGUAAAAUACGAGGCACCUUACUGCUAAGUUUAGCUUUUAUGGAAGCUUUAACUAUUUAUGGAUUAGUUGUAGCUCUGGCACUUUUAUUUGCUAAUCCAUUUGUUUGAUCUCGGAGACCAAAAUCCGUAUUCUUCGGGAUUUUAAAGACCCCCUCUAUCAAUUUUCUUGUUCAGCCAAUAGGGGGGGGGCUGAUCCAAAAUAGUGGACUUAUACUUCACUUGUUUCGGUCAGAAAGAUUUGCGACACUCGGAGAAGUAGAUAGAUAGAACAAAGUUUUUUUUUCAUAAUUGUAUCCUUAUUUAUCGUUAUGCGGGACCUGGGACUUACUAAGUACUCGAAAUCUGCUUAUCCGAAAUUCGAAUAAUAGUAGGAUCGAGUCGGAGAAAAAACUUUGUAAAAGUAUCCUUAUCUAUGAGGGGAGAGCGUAUGAAAAAUGUAACUGAUUCUUUCAUUUCCCUAUCCUCCGCUGAGGGUUUCGGGUUAAAUACCAAUAUUUUAGAAACAAAUAUAAUAAAUCUCAGUGUGGUGCUUGGUGUACUGAUCUAUUUCGGAAAGGGAGUGUGUGCGAGUUGUAUAUUUGAAUAAUCCAGCUGGAUCCAACCAACUGCACUUUGUAGAUAGAAAAGUGCAUGAUCUCAACGAAUUACUUCUAAAAGGGAAAAAAAUAUGGAAGAACUAUAGCAUUUCGUAAUUGAUUGGGAAAUUUUAUUACCAAUCCCAACCAACAAGAGAAAAUCUUUAGAAUGGUUAAAGCUAAACUGCUUGAAGUCCAAGCACAACUGGGUACUCUUUCCACCGCUGUGCUAAUAUGAGAAGGGUUCAAAGGCAUAGUUGGAGGUUGAUCCGAUAUAUAACAUUCAUAUCAAUGGAAUUAUUCAAUCUAUCUACUGAAAAAUAGUCCUAAUCUCCCGUCCAAUUUUUUGGGUUUAAAUGCGGAACCGACGACCUACACAAAAGCGAAUUUAUUCAAGAAAAAGUAAAUAGGAAAUAUGAAUGAAAAGAAAAAAAGAAGAAAAAGAAAAAAGAAGAAAAAGAAAAAACAACUUUGUUGAUAAUAAAAAAUCCCUUUUGGCAAAAGAGCCCUUCGUAGAUUUUGGUCUUUGAUAGAUUGAUUUUAUUUUUAUACAUAAUAUGAACGAAAAG